UGAAUGACAUGGUCGCCUUUGUCGACCCUGCUCACACGGGUGCAAGUGGCUGUGGAAAUCCAACCGAACGAGCUCGCUUAGUAUCAAAUCGGUUCAUAAAUGGGAAGUCUGGGCAGAUUUAUUUGGUCCCAUAUAAUUCAGGUGGUCAUUGGACGUUGUCUGCUGUGAAUCCAGCUGAAGAAACCAUUCACUUCAUGGAUCCGUUAAAGAGGCGACUCAUCGCUGGUGAAUGGAAAACAAUUCUGGACAACUCCAUUAAAAUCUACAAUGCACACAAGAAUAAGAAAGGGAGGAAAACCAUUCAAUGGAAAAAUCUUGCUGGCAUUCCGGAGCAGAAAGAUAGUAAGACUUGUGGGUAUUGGAUCAUGCGCUACAUGAAGGAGAUAGUGGAAGAUAAGAAUUUGGAGUUUGCAGCUAAAUGGGAAAGAAGGACAAAUCUUAUUUACACAGAAAAGGACAUUGAUCAAGUUCGGGCAGAAUGGGCGAAGCAUGUUAUCAUGUUUCCAGAUAUGUAGUGUGCGUGCUAGGAGGUUUGUCGUACAUGAAUAGUUAGGGUCUGUUUUUGUGCAUAUUGACAUCAGCAUGCCUAUAUAGCUAGAUAUUGGAGGGUUUUUGCCUAACCAAAUGAUCGGCUUUUGCUAUUAUCGAUCAUUUUAACCUUAGCAGCUAAUUAGUCAC